GCUAUAGGAAAACGCACAUAACGGAGAAAUCUAAGUUUCGUCACUUCCGGCUGCCCCUGCCUUUUACCGCGAGCAGCCCCGUUCCUCUUUCUUUUCGCACAUCAUGGCGGACCGGUUCAAUAAGGUUCUGCUACUAGAUGGCAGAGGCCAUCUACUGGGCCGACUUGCUGCCAUUGUGGCUAAACAGGUCCUCCUAGGGCACAAAGUGGUGGUGGUGAGAUGUGAAGGCAUCAACAUCUCUGGCAACUUCUACCGUAACAAACUGAAGUAUUUGGCUUUCCUGCGUAAGAGGAUGAACACCAAUCCGUCUCGUGGUCCUUAUCACUUCAGAGCUCCUAGCAGGAUCUUCUGGAGGACUGUUAGAGGAAUGCUGCCUCAUAAAACCAAGCGAGGCCAGGCGGCUCUGGAGAGGCUGAAGGUGUUUGACGGCAUCCCGCCGCCCUACGACAAGAGGAAGCGCAUGGUCGUCCCUGCGGCUCUUAAAAUCGUGCGUCUGAAGCCGACUCGUAAGUUUGCCCUCCUGGGCCGCCUGGCCCACGAGGUCGGCUGGAAGUACCAGGCCAUCACGGCCACCCUGGAGGAGAAGAGGAAAGAGAAGGGGAAGCUCCGCUACCAAAAGAAAAAGACGCAGAUCAAGCUGACCAAGCAGGCGGAGAAAAACGUCGAGAGCAAGAUCGCAAAGUACACAGACGUUCUGAAACAAUACGGCGUUCUCGUCUAAACUGGCUUUCAGUGGCUAAUAAAAAUUUAAGUAAAUGUUUACA